AUGAAACCCUUAAGUUUCGUUUUCCUUGCUCUAGCCGCGGGUGUGCACGCGAAUGGCGACCACGGCGUCAACAGUGGCGAUUACACUCAUCACCCGCCUCCGCCACCAGAGGGUCCAGGGGUGCCUGGUGGGCCUCCUGACUGCACCAGCAGCGACGGCUCGAAGCAUACCAGUUCAUGGGGUGGCAAGCCUCCUUCAUGGACAACGUCUACGAUUUACACCCUGACGACCGCCACUAGCGACUGCGAAGAUGGCCCUACAACAACUGUUGUCACCGUUCCUGUCAGCACGACUCUUUAUCCCAUCACGCAAUCGGAGAAGACAAGUACCAUAACCAGUACUUCCAGCAUCGCCGUCACCUUAACUGAAGUUUCUUCAUUCACUUAUAGUGAAAGUUACCCUACUCACUCUGGAGGUAGCAGCUAUCCCGUCCAUUCGUCCACCUAUCCAGUCGAGACGGAUAGCUACCCCGCCGGAAUAUCCUCCACCGCUGCUGUCUCUUCGUACACUGUCAUUCCUUACCCCGUGCCGAGCACCUCUACCGUGGUUGCCCCAACAACCAAGUCGGCCACCCAAGGUUAUCCCACCACAAAGAUCACCGUUGGCACUACUAGCACCAAGACGACCUCUAAGACUGCGGCUACGACCACUAGCACCCAGGUACCUGUUACUGCUGCCGCUGCCGCGAUCGUUCAUGGCGGCGGUGCUGCGAUUGCUGCGGCUGCGUUGGUUGUUGCCAUGAUUUAG